AAGAAGAGCGGGCAUCACGUGUAUCCGGUUCAGGUACUGUUUUCCGCCUGGUAUUUUCAGUAAGCAUAGAUCCAGGGACACUAUACCAGGCUAAGAAUGUUGGCGUGUGUCGGCGUGUGUCGCACACUUAGCUCUGGGGUGUCACGUUCUUCCCUGGCUUUUGUGGCUCCUGCGGUCUCCACUUCAGUCAGCAAUGGAAACCAAGUAGCACUGGUGCGCUAUAACAGCACUGUCCAGCAGGACAAACCCAAGAAGACAAAGUUUGGACCGUUGGCUGACCAGGACAGAAUUUUUACCAACUUGUAUGGGCGACAUGACUGGAGGCUUAAAGGUGCACAAAACCGUGGUGACUGGUACAAGACAAAGGAGAUCCUCGAUAAGGGAGUGGACUGGAUUCUCAAUGAGAUCAAAGUGUCUGGUUUGCGUGGCAGAGGAGGUGCCGGUUUUCCUACAGGAAUGAAAUGGGGUUUUAUGAACAAGCCCAGUGAUGGCAGGCCCAAGUACCUUGUGGUGAAUGCUGAUGAGGGAGAACCUGGCACAUGUAAAGACAGAGAGAUCAUGCGUCAUGACCCGCACAAGUUGGUCGAGGGGUGUCUGGUUGCCGGUAGGGCCAUGGGAGCACGUGCUGCCUAUAUCUACAUCCGGGGAGAGUUCUACAACGAGUCUUCCAAUCUGCAGGUUGCCAUUAACGAGGCGUACGGAGCAGGGCUGAUUGGCAAAAACGCCUGCGGCUCAGGCUACGACUUUGAUGUGUAUGUGAUGCGUGGAGCUGGGGCUUACAUCUGCGGAGAGGAGACAGCUCUGAUCGAGUCCAUUGAGGGCAAACAGGGCAAACCUCGCCUGAAGCCUCCCUUCCCCGCUGACGUGGGGGUGUUCGGUUGCCCAACAACGGUCGCGAAUGUGGAGACGGUAUCUGUAGCGCCGACCAUCUGCCGUCGAGGCGGUUCGUGGUUUGCCAGUUUUGGUAGAGAGAGGAACUCUGGCACUAAGCUCUUUAACAUCUCGGGUCACGUGAAUACCCCCUGCACCGUGGAGGAGGAGAUGUCCGUUCCCAUGAAGGAGCUUAUCGAGAGGCAUGCAGGUGGUGUACGUGGAGGCUGGGAUAACCUGCUGUGUGUGAUUCCUGGUGGAUCAUCCACACCACUCGUCCCUAAGCACGUGUGUGAAGACGUUAUGAUGGACUUCGACGGCCUCCUUCAGGCUCAGACUGGACUGGGCACUGCAGCACUUAUCGUCAUGGACAAAUCAACUGAUGUUAUUAGAGCCAUCGCACGUUUAAUCGAAUUCUAUAAACACGAGAGCUGUGGGCAGUGCACUCCCUGUAGAGAAGGAGUGGACUGGAUGAAUAAGAUGAUGUGGCGUUUUGUGAAGGGAGAUGCACGGGAGGCAGAGAUUGACAUGAUCUGGGAGCUCAGCAAACAGAUUGAAGGUCACACCAUUUGUGCUCUGGGUGACGGUGCUGCAUGGCCUGUUCAGGGACUGAUUCGUCACUUCCGUCCCAUCAUGGAGAGCAGGAUCUCAGAGUUCCAGCAGAAACAGCAAGCUAGAGCCUAACACAGGGGCUCCUCUUUUUUCCUAUAAGCAUUUACUUAAUUAUUUAAGAAAAGGAGUGUUCUUUGUCACAGAUAUAUAAACUUCAUGUUUAGAUCAACAUCCAUGUUGUGGGCUUUUCCAUCUUGUGUCAGAGUGACUAAUAAAGUUCUAUGAACCUUG